UGUUUGCCUGGUUGCAUAGAGAAUGCCGCCACUGCCUCAACCUUCCUCGACCCCAACCAUUCUAACCGGUUUCACCGGCUUACCAUGGCUUUAGCAUCUGUGCAGUAAAUUUAGGGCAUAGCUGUUUGCUUGUCUGCCUGCUGCUUUAAACCAGUGAACCCAAGCUGUGAUUUUUAGUUGAGGUGGUUGGCUGAGCUGUGACACCAUCUCUGUAUGGCCACAAUGAGGCUGAGAUCCAGGAGCAGAGAAAGGAGGGAGAGACAUAGAGAGGAAGAGGUGAAAUUUGAGGAGAGUGAAAUGAUUCCAAAGUCAGGAAAAUCUCCUGCAGACUCAAGAAAAGGUGUCAGCAUCCAUGAGUUCGCAGCACUUGCCAGAUCCUCCUUAAAUGGUAUCUCUCAGGCAGUGAGAGAUCAUGUGACCAAGCCCACCUCCCUGGCUCAGGGCCGGGUCGCCCACCUCAUUGAGUGGAAAGGCUGGCCCAAACCGGCUGACCCGCCGCCAGCUGCCCACUUCAGCUCCUACUGCCAUCUGACUGAGGGAGAGAAGGAGGCGCGCUUUGCUGCAGGGGUGGCUGAGCAGUUUGCCAUUGCUGAGGCCAAGCUCCGUGCCUGGGCAUCUAUAGAUGAUGAUGAUGAGGAAGAUUCCAAUGAUGAAGACUCCAACACCAACGGACAGAAUCAUACCUUUACCAGGCAGAGCUCAGACGCCGCCACGUGCAAUCCUUCAUCCGGAACGCCACACCAGCCUGAGGUCAACAGCGUGGCCCCGCCCUCCGGGACUCCUCUUGGCUCCAGCGGCAACAGCGGCGGUCUACUUUACAAUCGGCCUCCCUCUCACAAUGACCCACAUUUGUCCCAGACCAAUUCACCUACUUUACCCAGCGACUGCCUGAGUCCAUUCUUGGAGGAGGAGGAAGAGGAGGAGGAAGAGAGGCUGGAUGAGGAACAGCCCGCACCAUUGCAGGAGCACCAUGGUGAGGUUUGCGUCCACCACAAACCUGAGUGGAGGCCUCGGGCCAGGAGCAGCAGGUUCGACUCCUGCUACUCCACCUCCCACUCUGAGUCUCCUGGAGAGGAGGAUGAAGAGGAUGAGGAGGAGGAAGGCAGUGUAUUCCAUGAGGUUCGGGUGUGGCAUUGCAGCCCGAGGAGCUUCUUCUCUGACCGUGCAUCCUCUGGAGUGGCUUCAUUUGACGAAGAAGAGGAGAGGGAUGAAGAAGAAGACGAGAAGAAGGAGGAGAAAGAGUAUUUAAUGUGAUUUAAUGUCCAUCUUUGUGUCUCUUGGGUCACGCUUACACUGCAGGCAAUAAUCAGAUUUAUUCAUUCAUAUACACUCAAAUUUACAGGUGAACUGCACCAAUCACAUAAAAUCUGAAACCAUUCCAUUCAGAUCUAGACCACCUCCAGAUGUGGUCACAAAGCAGAUACAGAUACUUCUAUGUCACUCUAGAUUGACAUUUAUCAUAAUUUAGCACCGAUUGGAUUGAGUUAAUGAAAAAGUACAGUUCUAUUUCUCUUAAUUCUCAUCAGAUCUUAAAUUUACUGGCUUCCACUCCACAUCAGUUUAUAAAUAAAACCAGAAACACAGACUUCCAUGGCCUCAAGGUUUAUUUCAGUACAGAUGAUUAUUGAUUCACUAUUGUUCUUUUGUGUAAUAUCUGAUUCUGACCAAGCUAAAAUAAUUAAAAGGAUGAG